ACGAAAGCAAACGAAAUUACACGAGAUUGGCCGAAGUAGUCAGUUGCGGUCGCCAUUUUGUCGGGUAGUCAUCGGGUACGUCGUGUUUCUUUCGGGUUGCUGUACUUUUUGAACAAGCAUCGCCGAAAAAUUUGGGGUCUAGCACUUUCGUUUGCUCCCCCAAAUGGCUUGUUUGAACACCCUUAAGCAGGAGAUUAAAACUCUUGAGUCCGUCUUCCCUAAGAGCCAUGAGAGAUUUCAGAUAAUGUCUGCGAGUGUGGACGAACUCAGCUGCAGAUUCGUCGGUAAAAAUGGGAAGAAAUACGAAAUACACGCCAAUAUUACAGAAACCUAUCCUUCUACACCACCAGUAUGGUUUGCAGAAUCAGAAGAAACAAGUGUUACAAAUGCGGUACAAAUUUUAAGUACUACUACAGGCCGUGACAACCAUGUUAUUAACCAAGUUGGGAUUCUCUUGAAAGAAUUAUGUAGACUCCAUUCAUUACCUGAACCACCUGAUGUUGAACGGUUAAGGACAGCUUUGGAUCCAUUACGUUUAGGAGGAUCAAAUGAAGCUACAGCACAAAGGAUGGAAGCUGAAGAUGCUGAAGAUAUUGAGGAUGAUGAAGAAAGUGAUGCAGAAGAAGAUCUUCAUUUAGAUAUGGAUGAAGGAGAUGCGAAUGCAAAGAGUAAGGGUGAAGAAAUAGAAUUGGAACAUCUUGCAACAUUAGAAAGGUUGAGACAAAAUCAAAGACAAGAUUACUUAAAAGGAUCUGUUUGUGGCAGUGUGCAAGCCACAGAUAGACUUAUGAAAGAAUUGCGUGAUAUUUAUCGAAGUGACAGUUUCAAAAAAGGAAUGUACAGCAUAGAAUUAGUAAAUGACAGUUUGUAUGAAUGGAAUGUCAGGCUGAUGUGUGUUGAUCCUGAUUCACCUUUACACAGCGAUCUCAUACUUCUAAAAGAAAAGGAAGGCAAAGACAGUAUUCUUCUUAACAUGCUUUUUAAGGAAACUUAUCCAUUCGAACCUCCCUUUGUUAGAGUUGUGCAUCCCAUGAUCUCUGGUGGUUACGUUCUUAUAGGAGGCGCUAUUUGCAUGGAACUUCUAACAAAACAAGGUUGGAGUUCAGCCUACACAGUAGAAGCAGUCAUCAUGCAAAUUUCAGCAACCUUAGUGAAGGGAAAAGCACGCAUACAAUUUCAAGGACCUGGUAGUGCUAGCAAAGUGUGUGGGCAAGGUCAAUAUAGUCUAGCACGUGCACAACAGUCGUUUAAAUCUCUUGUACAAAUACACGAAAAAAAUGGUUGGUUUACCCCUCCAAAAGAGGAUGGCUAAUGAACAUGAAUCACGGAGAAAGAAAAGUUUGUCGCGUGCUUACAGCUGAGACUUUAAUUCGGUGUGUGCCCAACAAAUAAUUGUUACGAUAAUGAUUUGAUACACAAAACACAACAUUAACUAGGUAACUUAAGAUACUGAAUUAAUCUAACGCGUAAUUCCUUUGAUGGCUGAAAAGGCUGCCGCGCAAACAGUGAAGUGUUUGAUUCUGUAUGCAUAGAUUUUUCAGUAAUUAGUGAUUAGAUCGCCAAUCGCAUUUGUGAGAUAUAAUCAUUUUUAUCUGGAAUUGAUUCUUACGUUCGGAAUUACUAAGAAUCUUAAUUAUUCCAAAUAAUAUUAAUCUUAGUUCUCUUUUGUGAGUACACAUGUUGUACGUACGUACGAAACAGUGUAAACAUUCUGUGAAAUGCGUUUGCGCAAUCCGUGCUUCCUUUCUUUCAAUAGAAGGAACAGGAUGGUUAGCAACUUAGAUAGUUAUAUUGACAAUUUUUCUAAGUUGUUUUUUUUUUUAUCAUUGUGAGCUUUCAUUUGUUCCAUUCUAUCUAAUUGUAUUUUAAUUCUUUUAUUCAUUGUGCAAUUCAUAAGUAAGUUGUUUGGAUAUAUUUGUUAAAAGUAAACAGUAAACGAAUCUAAUGUAAGAAUAGCGAUGUUUCUGGGGGUAAAGCGAGUUUUGCUGUUACCUUUUGUAUUUAUUCGAUACUUCAUUUAUUAAUAAAUAUAAUUCAAUGUGAACGAGCACACAACUAAAUCAUCACAUUUGGAAAUACAAUCUGAAAUAAAACACAAUUUGGAAAAUAUUAAUAUCACAUAUAUUACUUUAAAAGAUAUACUGUUAAUUGUAAUUUUUUCUUUAAAAUUCCAUGUAUUACAAAAACCAAAACUUCAUUAAUGAUUUAAUUUUUCAGAAUUAUAAGAUCGUAAAUUUUUUUUGUAUUAAAGAAAAUAUAUAAUAUAUUUUUUCUUAUUAAAUAUUAAAACAAUAGAUGUAUAUAUUUCAAUGCAUUUCGUUGCUCUAUAUAUUUCUUAAUUAUUCAUAUUUAAUUAGACAUUAUUAAUUUCAUUCGAAAAGAAGAUUUUUUACAAUUUAUUUUAAUUUAAUUUUCAAUCAUUCUUAUAAAUAAAGAAAUAUAGCAAUACUAGUUAAUAUGUAUUUCCUUAAUAUAACUAACUAAAAUAAGAAUUGUAUAGAUGUAUAUACACGUUCAUAUGUCAAUUUUUUUUUUUGAAAAUAACAUUCUUUAAACAUUUUUCUUUUUUUUCUUAAAUUGGAGAAUACAAAUGCACAAAAUAAUAAGGAAUUAAGAUUUGGUUGUGUGUCUCGUUUAAUGUCUCACUUUUGUUAUAUCAUUUACAAAGCGGUUGAUGUGCUUGAGAUUGAUAUGAAAGUUUGGUCUGUAUGUUGGGCGUACGCUCAAGCGAACUUUUAGUGGUAUUCUAUAUACAUAUAUAUAUAUAUACAUAAAUAUAUAUCGUGACAUUUAUUUGCAAUCGAAGCUCUAUUUGCAUGACGUAUUGAACGUAAAAUUGCGCGAACGUGAAAUCGUUAAAAUUUCUUUGUGCCACAGUAGAGUUUACACUGGCCAGUUAAAGGAAAUGAUGAGACGUAACAAGUGAACACGCGUACAUUAAAGGCACCAUUAGGAUCGCGAAAAAGAAUUACCGCUUUUUAAGAAAAAAAAAA